GACUCAUUCGUUAGCUCCCGUCGCCUGUCACCUCUCUCUCUCUCUCUAGGAGAAAAGAGGAGAGGCUUUUAAAUUUUAGAUAGAGAUAUCACACCUCUCUCUCUCUCUCUCUAGGGUUCUCAAUUUCCCCAUUGCCGUACCAAGCUAAUCGAACGUCCAGCCGAGAUCGUCGACGCUAGAUUGGCUCCAAAAUUUAUUGAAUUUUGAUGCGUUUUUGCUCAAUUGCGUUCGCGUUGGCUGGCUUCCACGAGGUGGAGAUCGAGGUGAUGUGGAGUUUACUCAACUUAGCUGUACCAAGUGUAAUCUUGGAAAGGCAUAUACACAGUAUUCGAACCCACAGAGACAAUUUAUGAGAUCUCCGGUAACUAACACUUUUUGUGGGUGCUGAAAUAUUUGACGUAACAUGAUUGUUUGUUGGAAAAUGACACUCUCGAAAGAAUCGCAGAUGUAGACAUUAAUGCGACCUCAUAUUUACAGCAGAGUGUAUAGAUGUACAGGUUAUCGUAGUCCUAAUGGUAUGUUCACUUGGAAGUGGGAGAAUGGCCGUCAUGGCAAGGCUUCUGGCGGCAGGAAGCUUUUCGCAAACUAUUGCAGAGGAAGUUGGCUUCCAGAAGUUACCUACUCAAUACAUCCAAACAGAAUUACGUGAGGCAGAUGAAGCAAAUUUGCUUGAUGAAGAAGAGAUGCAUGUUUUUGAUUUGAAGCCUAUGACAGAUCCUUUGCACUUGGUAUGUUGCAAUGCUUGCAAGAAGCCAAUCAAGGAGAGCCAAUAUGCAGCUCAUGCAGAGUUGUGUAAAAAUUUGAGUCCUGCAGAAGAAACUGUUUCUGAACUUGAUGGUGGUAUGGGGAACAAGAAACCUCCAAGGAAGGAGAGAAAAAAGUUGCCGACUGCUCGUGCUACUACGAAAGGUGGAGAGCUAGAAAGAACUGAAUCUGCAGAAGCUGAUGAUGCUGCCCUGUCAGAUUUCCAUUUCGAUGAACAAAUUCAACAGAAUUCCAUCUCUUUGGAUGCAAAACGAAAUUCAUCUGGUGUAAAUGGGGCCCUUAUAAUGCAUGGUGCAAGAGCUAGUCCUGGAAAUACGGAAAACUCAUUUUGUGCAACACCACCUCCAAAACGUUCAAAACUGAUGGCGGCUGGUCUACCAAUAACGAAUUGUUUAGGAACAAACGGUGCUGUAGCCAAAAGUUUAUGUGCAAGUACUCAGGAGGCUCAUACCUGCAGAGAGUUUCCCAAAGGGUCAAGUGGCGGAUGCAAAAAGGCUUUUGAUUGCGCUGUUGGUUAUGACAAAACCAGCCAAUUUCAGGAGUGUUGUUUGCUGGGCAAAGAUGUUCCAGCUCCCCUUGCAACGAAGAUGUUUUAUUCUCAAAGGAAUCAUCGUCUCCGAUCAGCGCUUACAUAUCUGUAUUAUGGCGAAUCCACUGAGUACUCUGGUGACUUAGUGAAUUUGAAAUCAUUGGAAGGAAUUGCCAUGCCCUUGAAUUCAUUGCAAGACAAUGCCAUGCCAUUACAAGUUUUAUCCCCUCAGAACAUCCCCCAUGAACAAAAUGAUGUCCAGAGUGAAAAGAGAGAGAGACUCUCCUUGCCAUCUUUGCAAAAACGUGAUCAAAUGCUUGCUGACAGUGCGGAUUUAAACUCGGGUAAAUUAGGAGGACGCACGCCAGCCACAAGCUUCUCAAAUCAUGUUCCUGCGAGUGAUGUCUUAAGACCUCAAACAGCACCCACGGGGGUUGUGCGAAGCAAUUAUCUUCCAAAAUCUUAUCCUUUUGCAGGAAACUCAGGAACAUCGCUAGGGACUAUGCAGCAGCCUAAAGGAAGGGUUCCUGUUACAUAAUUAAGAGUCCUGGUUGGAAUUUUUUGGUAGGCGAAGUUGAUACUCAUUUUUUCCUAGUACAAAUUCAGGUUCAUCUUUUGAAAAUAGAAAAUUGCGAAUAUGUAGAAACUAGAAAAUAUCCAUCCUAGGUUCUGCAUUCAGUUUGACAUCUAACUGUAUCUAUAAUUGGUUCAAGUAAAUAGAUUAUGUCGACCUGGCCUUCGGUUCGGUGUACAUUUUUAUGGAAUGGGUCUCUCUCUCUCUCUC